UUACAGCACAGGGACACACCAGAGAACAACCCAGGUACACCAUUUAAAUUCACACCAGAAAACCUCAAGCGUGUAAAAGAUAUUAUUGGUAACUAUCCUGAAGGACACCAAGCUGCUGCAGUUAUCCCAGUGUUAGAUCUUGCACAAAGACAACAUGGUUGGCUACCAAUAUCAGCAAUGCAUGAAGUGGCUGGUAUCCUUGAAAUGUCUAAAAUAAGAGUCUAUGAAGUGGCUACUUUCUACACAAUGUUUAACAGAGAACCAGUUGGUAAAUAUCAUAUUCAGAUCUGUACAACUACACCAUGUAUGUUGCGGGAUUCUGAUGGUAUUUUAGAUGUCAUCAAGAAUAAAUUAGGUAUUGGCGUUGGUGAGACUACCAAAGAUAAUAUGUUUACCCUUGGUGAAGUAGAAUGUCUUGGUGCCUGUGUUAAUGCUCCUAUGGUACAAAUAAAUGAUAACUACUAUGAAGAUCUUACUACCAAAGAUAUGGAAGAAAUCAUAGACGAUCUAAAAGCCAACAGAACUCCAAAAGCUGGGCCAAG